CCGUAACGAAUACUAUGUAUGUCGGCCUCUCAUUUCGCCGCUCCGAGAUGUUUUUGCUCGGCCUCGUCCAACACCGCAACCUCCGAGCCUCCAGCCUGCAGCUCACCUCGCCAGUCAAUCCCUGAGCACAAUGCGCCUGCUGGCAACCGGAAGAGCCCUGCGCGUCCGCAGCGGCAGAUGGUCAAUUGCUUCCCCAUGCCGAGGCCUGCGCAUUCCGCUCUCGCAGCCUCCGACGCAGCUCGCCCUCAGCCGGAGAAGCUGGAGCUCGACUGUGCCUCUGAGGACCGACACAGACCCUAAACCAGCCACUGCCUCGUCGUCGCCGGCAAAGAAAUCGCUCGAGAUCGAAGGCAAAUCCUACCCGACCGACGAGUGGACCAACACGCCCGACACGAUCCUCUCGCACGUCGGACGCCGACUAUACCUCGAGAAGAACCACCCGCUGGCGAUCAUCCGCGAGCUGCUCGAGAGCGAAUUCCCCGGCCCCGCGUACGGCAACUACCACGAGAAAGACCCCGUCGUAUCGACGGCGAACAACUUCGACGUGCUGGGCUUCCCCCUGGACCACCCGGGCCGCAGCCGCACCGACACGUACUACGUCAACGAGAAGACGGUGCUGCGCACCCACACCAGCGCCCACCAGCAGGCCUACUUCCAGCAGAUCAACCGUAACGAGACCUCCAAGCCCCAGGAGACCGGCUACACCGUCGUCGCCGACGUCUACCGCCGCGAUGCCAUCGACCGCAGCCACUACCCUAUCUUCCACCAGAUGGAGGGCGCCAUGCUGUGGAAGCGCCCGGACGUCGACCCCCUGAAGCACUCCGCCGACACCGCCGCCGCCAUCACCGCCGACCUCAACCGCAUCCCGACCCACGACGUCGUCGUCGAGGACCCCAACCCGACUAUCCACCCGGAGCGCAACCCCUUGCAGGCCGCAUACCACAGCGAAGAAGAAGUCGAGGCCAUUGCCGCGCACCUGAAGCGCUCCCUCGAGCGCAUGGUCAUCAAGAUCUUCUCCGAAGCCAGCAAGGCCGCUGCCAGCACCAGCAGCACCGCAGAGCCCGAACCGCUCAAAGUCCGGUGGGUCGAGGCCUACUUCCCCUUCACCAGCCCGUCUUGGGAACUGGAAGUCUUCUGGCAAGGCGACUGGCUCGAGGUUCUCGGCUGCGGGGUGAUCAAGCAAGAACUGCUCAACAACUCAGACGUGCCGAACCGCGUCGGGUGGGCGUUCGGACUCGGCCUCGAGCGGCUGGCCAUGCUCCUCUUCAACAUCCCCGACAUCCGACUGUUCUGGUCGCGCGACGAGCGCUUCCUGUCCCAGUUCGAGGCGGGGCGGAUCUCCCGCUUCGAGCCCUUCUCCAAACACCCGGCCUGCUACAAGGACGUGGCGUUCUGGCUGCCGCACGCGUCCGGCAGCGCGGCCGGCGGCGGCGCCACCUCCGUCCACGAGAACGAUAUCAUGGAGCUGGUGCGUGGCAUCGCCGGCGACCUCGUCGAGGAUGUCACCCUCAUUGACGAGUUCACGCAUCCCAAGACGAACCGCAAGAGCAUGUGCUAUCGGAUCAACUACCGCAGUCUUGAGCGGACUUUGACCAACGAGGAGGCGAACGACCUCCAUGACAAGGUGCGCGAGAAGCUCGUUGCCCAGCUGAGUGUUCAGUUGCGGUGAGUGAGUGAGCGAGUAAAGGGACAUCUACGAUGUAUGUGUAAAAAAAUAUCCACAGGGAUAUCUAUGUAUAGUAUAGUAUUUUAGCUUGUAGCAUCAUGUUUUGAUAUCCAAGA